AGACUGGGUUCCUGGGUCAUUCUAGGACGCGGGUCAAGGGGCUGUGGCUAGAACGGGACAGACUAGGAAGAGAAGGCUGGCAUCGUUACAACCUCCUCCGCGGGGUUCAGGAAGCCCCCCACGUCGCCUGGGCACCCACAGGGAAGGGAUUCGUGACGUCCGGGGAACCCCCGGGAACGGCUAGGCUCCUCUCGACCCCACUCCCGACCCCACGAGCAUUCCCGGUUCCCAAGGGAGGGCUCGAGAACCCUCCUCCAACCCAGGGAGGCGCCCACCCCCGCACCCUUCCCGGGAGGUUCCUGGGCCUUGGGUAGGCUCCCCACCCACUGGUCCCUCCCUGGGUUUAGACGUCCGGAAUGUGAGAGCUAGAACCAGCGAUCCCCUCUUGUCUUCUUGUCCAGCCCCCGCUCCCCUCCCCACUGUAUAGCUGGGGAAACCGAGGCCCGGAGAAAGGAAGUGAAUUGGCCGUUUCUGAAAGCCCCACACUGGGGACCUCGGGACGUCAGCCUCGGACAGGGGCCCCUAAAGUCCAGCGCCAAAAGCCUUGAUACGCUCCAGAGAGGCCCCAGACCUCACCUAGAUGUCCUCCCAUCAGUCAAAUGUUCUCUCUUGACCCCCUACAGAUAACUAACUGUGUGACCCAGAGCUUUGGCACCAUUACCUGGAGACAGGUUUAUGAAGUGACCCUCUUUUAAGGCUGAAAGGGAACAUGUCAUUCCGUAAAGUGAACAUCAUCAUUCUAGUCCUUGCUGUCACUCUCUUUCUACUUGUUCUGCACCAUAACUUCCUUGGUCUGAGCGAUUUGCUGAAAAGGGAGGUCUCAGAUCCAAAUCUUGUGGGAUUUCAGCCACUGGCUUUUGUGCCUAAUGCUCCUGAAAGCUUGAUCUAUAGGAGUGAAGAGGAGAUUCCUGUAGUUAUUACAGCAUCUGAAGACAGACUUGGGGGCACAAUUGCAGUGAUGAAUAGUAUUUACCAUAAUACCCACUCCAAUGUGGUUUUCUACAUUGUUACUUUGAAUGAUACUACAGACCAUCUCAGAUCCUGGCUCAAUAGUGGCUCUCUGAAAAACAUCAGAUACAAAAUUGUGGAUUUUGACCCUCAACUUUUGGAAGGGAAAGUAAAGGUGGAUCCUAAACAGGUGGACUCCGUGAAGCCAUUAACCUUUGCAAGAUUCUACCUGCCUAACUUGGUUCCCAGUGCAAAAAAAGCAAUCUAUAUGGAUGAUGAUGUAAUAGUACAAGGUGAUAUUCUUGCCCUUUAUAACACACCUUUAAAGCCUGGGCAUGCAGCAGCUUUCUCAGAAGACUGUGACUCAACUUCUGCCAAAGUUAGUGUCCAUGGAGCAGGGAAUCAGUAUAAUUAUAUUGGAUUUCUGGACUAUAAGAAAAAAAGGAUUCGAAACCUUGCCAUGAAAGCUAGCACCUGCUCUUUUAAUCCUGGGGUUUUUGUUGCAAAUUUAACAGAAUGGAAACAACAGAACAUUACUUAUCAACUAGAAAAGUGGAUGAAGCUUAAUGUAGAAGAAGAAUUAUACAGUAGAACACUGGCAGGCAGCAUCACAACACCCCCCCUACUUAUAGUGUUUUACAAACAACAUUCAAAUAUUGACCCCAUGUGGAACGUCCGACACCUUGGCUCUAGUGCUGGAAAGCGAUAUUCACCUCAAUUUGUGAAGGCUGCCAAGCUACUCCACUGGAAUGGACACUUUAAGCCAUGGGGAAGAACUGCUUCUUAUGCUGACAUUUGGGAAAAAUGGUAUAUACCAGAUCCAACAGGAAAAUUCAGCUUAAUCCGAAGACACGGAGAAAUUCCAAAUGCAGCAUAAAAUUGAAUAGAGACUCUACCAAUAUUUUCUCAGGAAACACUGAAGUGCUAGUUGGGAAAUGUCUUCCAUAGGACGUUGAGAACUUGUGUGUGCAACAUGGGAAAACUGACUUAGACUCAACUGUUAGGAAAUUUCUCCUAAGUUUUCUCAAUGAUAAUAUGAAAACCAAUUUAUACCUGCCUUUACUUGAGAAAAAACAGAGAACUCAACCAGCAGAAGUGAAUUUCCUUAGUACUGACGAGCCAUUUUGCAGUUAGCUAAUGGUGCUAUUUUUGUUCUAUUCCUGUGACCUGUGGCUUUGUAUAUGACACUACUCUGCAUGAAACCCACUUGAAGCAUAUUUACAUUCUUUUAUAACUUAGUUUUAAAAAUACACUACAAUUAUGGUUUUUCUUUUCUUCCAAAAAGCUAUGUCUCCUAAUUUUGUUGACUUAGAAUCCCCCUAUACCAAAUCAUUAUUUAAAGAUAGUUUUUCAUCUUCUUCUAAAAAUAAAGUUGAAAAUACAUUUAUUUUCAAAUUAUCUAUUUUUCUGUGUUAAGAAUGAAUCCGUUAAGGGGCAGCUAGGUGGUGCAGUGGAUA